AGGAACUUCAUGACAUGGACUCUCAAGAGCGAGCAGAGCUGCUUGUUCAAACAGGUGGUUUAUCUUCUGCUGAAGUGCAAGACAUUGAGAUGGUACUGGACAUGAUGCCUUCCUUGACACUUGAGGUAACUUGUGAGACUGAAGGUGAAGAGGGUAUACAAGAGGGUGACAUUGUGACUAUCCAUGCAUGGAUAAAUGUUAAAAGGGGUAAUGGUCUGAUUGGUGCUCUUCCACAUGCCCCCUACUACCCAUUUCAGAAGGAAGAAAAUUACUGGUUUUUGCUUGCGGAUUCUGUUUCAAAUAAUGUGUGGUUUUCUCAGAAGGUUAGUUUCAUGGAUGAAGCUGCUGCUGUAACCGCUGCAUCCAAGUCAAUUGAGGAAUCUAUGGAGGGGUCAGGAGCAAAUGUGAAGGAGACCAGUAGGGCAGUUGCAGAAGCAGUAGAGAAAGUGAAAGGGGGCUCUAGAUUGGUAUUGGGCAAGUUCCAGGCCCCGUCAGAGGGUAACUACAAUUUGACUUGUUAUUGUUUGUGUGAUUCUUGGUUGGGCUGUGACAGAAGGACAAACUUAAAGCUCAAAGUUUUGAAACGGACUCGGGCUGGCACCAGGGGUGCUGUUUUGGCUGAUGAAGGACCUAUCAUGGAGGAUGGAGUUGAGGAGGAUGAAGACAAUGAGGAUGAAGAGUAUGAUGAUGACUACGAGAGUGAGUACAGUGAAGAUGAAGAAGAUGAUCAAAACACAAAAAAUAAGCAACAAGCUGCUAAUGGCACCGUGAAUAAACAUGGUAAAGCUGCAGAAAGUUCAGGCUCUGAUGAAGAAUGAGAAGUCUUUUCUAACAUGAUAGAACCAUAAAUUUCAUCUUUUCCCCUCAUGGAUGGUAGAACAAUCAACUGUAGCAGUAAUGGUAUAUUGUCCAUUUUGUUUAUCAGCUGGACUGCGUUGAUGCUUGGACUUUCGUUCUUAUCCUAGUUCCAGCUGAUAUCGUGACUAAAUUGUCAUAUUAUCUGAAAAUUUAAAGGAUGGUAGAUCAUGAGUUUAAAGAUUGAAUUUUGAUUUAAUGCCUGUGUACAACUUUUUAAAUGUUUUAUCGAGAAAUUUGAGUCUUAAUGUCGAUUA